AUGCCAACUAAACCUGUAGAUAGCAGAAAACUCAAGAGUGGAGGGGCAGCAGGACCAAGUGGAUCAAAGGGAAAGCGUGCCGAAAAGAAAAAGAAUGUACCAUCCCCAUCGAGUAGUCCAUCCUUUGGUAUCCAAGAUGCUCAAAGAGCUCAAGCUAAACGCAACAAGAGUAAGUCUCUUCGUCGUUUUCUUUCGUUGUCACUGGCCAGCUAUCUCGGCUAUAGCUUCUUUUAUGCUUGCGGCUCUCCUUUCGAUGAUUCUAGUGAUAAACCAGCCAUUUGCGGAGGUAUUGAUCCCAUCAAAUUAGAUUUGUACAAAGUGUAUAAAUCAGACUACUACCAAUCCAACAUUGAUCCUCAUGUGGCUCCUAUUAUCUCAAAGGCAUCUAGUUUGUACAGCGAUUAUGGAGUACCCGCUCAAGUUAAAGUGGUGUCCUUGUAUGAUCAACACGGAAAACCGCUAGUGAAGAAGGGUUAUGAACAAGCCUCACAUGUGUAUGCUCAGCAUAUUGAGCCCAACGUGUCCCCUCUUGUCGCCAAGUCCAAGAUCCACGCAGAUCAAGUCAAGAUCCAACUGCAACCUUAUUAUCAACAAGCAUCCAAGCAAGCUACUCAAGUUCAACUCUUUGCUAAGCAGCAAUGGGACAAUUUGCCUCCUCCAGUCAAGCAAGCAAAGGAUGAAGCUGUGAGAAAGGUACUCGAAUACUAUCACCGUGCAGAAAACACAGAUAUGCUCCCUAUCUUGACUGAAAUCUACUGGAAUAUUGUUGACUUUUACCAAUACCAACUUAUACCAUUCAUUCAAACACACCCUACCACAGCACAUGUCAACAAAUUCUAUGACGAGAACUUCAGAAGCUUUGUGGAGACCAACAUAAAGCCUUUGUUGUUACUGGUCAAAGAUCGCACAACACACGUAAGCCAGUUAUUCAACCAUGCCCUGACUCUGUUGCCUCAGAGACCUUUGAGCAAUGAGCCAUCAAAGUCGACUGUCGCAUCGUCCAUCGUAGAGACAAAAACACCCAUUACUGAUGCUACCAAGGCCACUUCUGACAUUCCAUUGACAACUACUGCUGCUACUACUGCUGCAUCUGCGACCACGCAAACUAUCAAAUCCAAAGUAGAGGCCUCUUCAUCUGCCGAACCCGCAUCUACUGCUGUUCCCGCAAAGGAAGAAGCUGAAUCCACUUUAGUCAAACAUGCAUCAACUGCAUCAGCUUCCACUACCAGUGCUACUAGAUCUAUCAAGACUGAAGCCACCAUUGCCAAAGAUGCUGUUGACAAUGACCAAGAUAUCGUCAAGCCUGUCUCUGUUCGUCCCACAUCUACACCCGAGUACGUUGAAAUGGAGGUGGAGUCUCCCCAAGCUGAUAAGAAGGAAGCUGUUUACUGCCCAACAUGCAAUGCUGCAGAAGAGCAAGUGAUUGUAGCUCCCACUGACAAGCAUGUUGUGCCUGUUCGCGAUGAAAAGGAAGUCUUUGAGAUCCACACUGACAAGGACGUGUUUGAAGUCAACAAAGAGCCUGCCAUUGUUCCGCCUCAAUCAUCUGCUCAUUUGGAUCAAGAAGGAAAAGAACAGGUAAAUGCUGCUGCUCCCAUCAAGCAAGAUGCCUCCAAGGUCAAGGAUCAGACUGCACCCAUUAAAAAGAAAAAAGACGAGAAGGAGGAAGAGGAAGAGGAGCAAAUGUUCAGUACUCAGGUUGAGCAUGAUGUUGAAGACGACGGUUUCCCUGAGCCUGCUGUUCCUCUGAAGGAAGAUGACAAUGAAGAGGAAGAAAAGGUCAAGGAAACGCCUAUUGUCACGGCAGUUGUUGACAAGCAGCAAGUCGAAAUACCCUUACCUGUUGCUACUGAAAAGGAGAAAGAGGGCCCUACUGUACCUAAUGACGAAAGUGGAUAUGAGGAUAUUAAAGAUCAGAUUGUAAUUCAAGCACCUGCUGUCCAUCAAGAGGAGGAACCUGUUGUCAAAAAAGAAGUUAUCGACACUGAGCCCAUCUUGAAAGAGCCCAUUGUGCCCAACGACGAAAGUAAAUUUGAAGCAAAGUCUGAAUACUCAAAUCAAGAUGCAGAUCCACCAGUUCGUUAUCAUCGUGUAGAAAAAGCUUUGAGUUAA